AUGAAGACUUCGCAAAUCAUCCUCACAUCGCUUUCCGUUCUCGGUGUUGCCGGUAUGGGAUAUGCCAUCUACUUCGACCACCGUCGUCGGACCGACCCCGCAUUCCGCAAAGGUCUGAAAAAGGAGAGCAAAAAGUUGAGCAAGGUCGAGAAGGAGAAGGCCGCCAAGCGUGCUCAACAGGAGGAUGGCUUCAUUCAGGAUCUCUUGCAAGAGGUUCGCACGCCCGGCAUUUUCCCAGCUGGUGUUGAGGAGCGCGAGCAGUACUUCCUCAAGUAUGUCUCGCUCGGAGAGCAGCUCUUCGCCAUGGGAACAGACAAGUACCUCGAAGCAGCUGCUGCUUUCUAUAAGGCAUUGAAGGUGUACCCUAAGAGUAUCGAGCUCAUUAUGAUCUACGAGAAGGCUGUGCCUAAGGAGGUGUUCGACACUAUCAUGCGUAUCGUCAGCAAGGAGAUUGCUACCGGUGGUGAAGGUCAAGAGAGUAUGACUGCUGCUGGCCUUGACGAGGUUGACGAUGAUGGACCGUCGCCAUCGGCUGCUGCUGCCGCCAAGAAGGCACAGGCUGAAGACGAUGACGACGAGGAGGACGACGAUAAGACAGAGAGCAAGGAGGCUUCUGCUUCAACAUCCGCCAAGCCAGCACAGCAGCAAGGCACCGACAGCGGCACUACCUCGAGCCAGGAGUGGGACACCCUCUCCGCUACCAGCCUAAACGAGACUGGCGUCAUGGUCACCCCUAACGCCCCCGCCUCCACAGCAUCCGAGAGCCCCGAGUCUUCCGCUGCUACCGCCGAAGAAGAGGAGACCGCCACUGCCGCAGAAACGACCGGGGAGCCCAAGUUGACCAGCAUCGACACUUCGGCUUCCCUCACCAAGGAGCCUGUCUCGACACCAUCCAAGCAGAACUUCACUUCUGGUUGGAGCCCUGCCCCCGUCUUUUCCGGCUCGAGUCCACGCGCUGAGAAGAAGGCUGAUCCUUUUUCUGGUGCUCAGGACAACUCCGAGUGA